AUGUGCAAAUGUGCUAAGAAGAAGCUGAAAGAACCCAGAUUGCGUGUCAACAUUUCCGGCGUCGUUUACUGCGUGCUGGAUUGCAGGGUUUGUCUCUGCAGGUGACCUGGAACAAGGAACACAGACUGAACAACAACAUGGCCGUCCUGCACUGUCAGCAAACGGAAAUGGAGCAUCGGGCAGAUGUCUGGUUUGCAGUGCGUUGCUUACCUCGAUGUUUCAACUCCUGGGUGGAGUUCACUCUGCAGAGACAGAUGCAAAGACAGAGAAGAUUCAAAGCCGAAACCUUUAAUCAACAGCGUCAGCUGCACUGGGUGUUUUCCACCUGGAGGGGACGGUCAGAGAAGCAGAAGGAGGAGAGUCUCUCUGAGCGGAUUGCGGUUCUUCAUGAGGAGCGAUGCUGCUUGCAGAGAGCAUGGAGACUGUGGAGACUACGUACACAUCAGAGGAUCAGAGAGGUGGAGAAUCAGGAGGCCUUACACUGUCAAAACAUUCACAGGCUUCUCCACAACACUCUGAUGCAGCGGAGGGACUACAGCUCUGAGAUCAGUGACAGGAGAACCAGAGAGCUGCAGGCUGGCCUUCAGGGGGAUUUGCACUGUGUGCGAAGAGCUGUUGAUAAAUGGAAGAAGUUUGUUCAGAAGCAGCGGCUGAAGAAAAGCAGACUUAAGGAGAUUCAAGACCGGCAUGAAGCUAAACUUCUCAAACACUCCUUUGUGGCCUGGGAGAAUCAUGGCUUUGAGAUGUCUCUGAUGUGGCAGCGAGCAAAGAAGCUUCACCAGCAGCAAACAGAGAGAUUUCUCAGGAGAGCCCUGAUAGUUUGGAGGGAGAGAGCAGAGCUGCUGGCUGAGGUUCGACUUGCAGAGCAAAAAGUUCAACGAUCCAUUCAACAGAAGAGUGUGGAACCUGCAAAGGCUUUUUAUGCCUGGAGAGGGGUUACAACAGGUGCAAUUCUGAAGCUUACCCAGCAGAGGGAGCUGCUUAGCUGGGCUCCGAUGAUGAGAAGUGAAGCGCAGCUGCUGUUGGUUUUCAGACAGUGGAGGAAACGAACCACAGUCGUGCGGCAGCAGAGGAUGAAACUGGAAAAAGCUAAAAGGCAUCACAGCUCCAAACUUCUCUCUAAAACCCUACAUGCAUGGAGCGCGCAUCACUGCCAGCUCCAGAGAAAUAAGGUGAUGAAAAGACAAGGACUAUUGUUGCUGAAGUUAAAGAUGUACCAGAAGUUCUUUGAACAGUGGAAGACAAAGCUGCAGCACAGACGAAGGGAGAAUAACCAGACGGAACAAGCGCUCUGGCACUGGUCCCUCACCCUUCAGGCCAAGGUGUUGCAGGGAUGGAGGCUCUGGGUCAAAGAACAGCGCAGCGAGCGGGAGCAUGCGGGCAAAGCCGCACAGGUGUACAGGGACCAGUUGCUGAAGGCGGGUGUGACGUGCAUCCUCACCUAUGCUGCGCACAUGAACGACCUCACAGCUAGUCUGACGGAGCUCAGCCAAGAACAGAGAUCUCAGCGCCUGCAGAGAAUCGUGAAGCGCUGUGCCGUUAGAUGGAAAGAGCAGGCGCUGCGCAAACCGCCAAAGGAGCAAGAAGUACGAGCGCAGCCGAUAAAGAAGAGUGUGACCUUCUGUUUGCCGGGCCUUGGCAGCAUUUCUACGUCUGACUCACCAAAGCAGGAAGAGGAAGCUUUUAGCUGCCGGGAAGUUAGCCUAAGCAGCACUGAAGCAGCAUAUAAAGCCCCAAACCCUCCUGCAGUGUCCUGCCUCCACCAUGAUAAGGACCCUGCUGACUCAUCAUGUCAGAAAAGCUUCAUGUUUGCAGCGGAGCCACUCCUGGAGACCACAUCUCAAGAUCAACUUCUGCCUCCAUCAGCUUUCAUGACCUCCAGCACACAGAAAUCUUUGACUGGUUCAGGUCUCCUGGAGGCUCCCGUCGUCUCCCACCAUGAGUUUGUCUCUGCCUCCCAACAUGUCUCAUCAGAUUUUAAAGAUCUCAGUUCGAAGAAUCCUCCUGAUAAAGAUGCUGCAGCUCUGAUGAGGGAGCUUCUAAGCAUUCAGACCAACAUGGAACAAUUCCAGCAGAGCAGAAAGCAGCUUCGGGCAUGGCGGAAGCUGAGGGACGUGUUGGAUAGUUGGCUGCAGAUGAGUGCAGAGGAUGAACAAGUGGAAAAAAGGGCAGUUUGUGAGGAGCUGCAGGAGCUGGAGAAGCACAUACAGGAAUUGUCAACUGAGCUGGACAAACAGAAACCAACAAUCUUGCUGCACGUGGAGAGAAUCCAAUAUUUGCAGUCUGUCCUCCACAGCUCGGGAGUUUACCCUCUGCAUUAAAAGCCAAAAGACAUCACCUCAUGACAAAAGCUUUACAUAACCAUUCUGCUCAGUGUUUUCACUGAUUUUCCUUAUAUAAAAACCACAGGUGCUGAGCUGAAUAUGUUUAGCUGAUCCACAUUUUGUUCAUGUUUUAUAAUUUCUUAAAAGAAAUGGUUGUUGGUGGAUGUUAAGUAAUUCUUUCUUGGCCAUUAUAUUAAAAAUAAAGUAAA